AUGCAGUCGACUUAUCUUCAUGUUAAUUGUUACGGACGCAGCGCUAAAAUGCAUCAGCAACAACCGUCGCAAGCGCCUACGCCGCUGGAGCGCAGCGUUUUACCCAAAUAUCCGAAGGUGUCCCCGGUCAUCAGACCGUCGCCGUCCAGUUCUGGAUCCACUCUAGACUGUUCGUCGAACACUACUCUCGUGACGAACACCAGUCCAUUCAACAGCCAGACCGCUCUUAUCACCGAGAAAAGAUACUUUUCCGGCGACACCGAAAAAGGAUCCAAUCACUACUAUGCCGAGAAUUUGAGAAACAAUCAUCAAAAGGCCUUGAAUAGGUCGCGGAUUUAUGAUCCGCUCAACAAAAAACAAGACGUCGAUUACAAGCAAUUAGAUCCACUGCUACCGAGCGAACAAAGUUCAAGCAUCAACAUCCUCAUGGAUCCUCCGGACAUGAAAGUACUAAAGGACUCACAGGAACCCAUCCGACUGUCGCCCUCGGAGUUCCAGAAGGAACCUAAGCCGUCACGAUUACGAUUUGCCACUCAGGUAUUAGCUGCAUUAUCGGUGUCGUUAGGUUCGUUCCAAGUCGGCUAUUCAUCUUCCUAUACAUCGCCAGCGCUGGUGUCUAUGCGUGAUAACGCCACAGCGAGCUUCGAAGUCACCAAACAGAUGAGCAUGUGGAUUGGGUCACUUAUGCCAUUGAGUGCACUUGUCGGUGGCAUUGCUGGAGGACCGCUCAUCGAAUAUAUAGGAAGGAAAAAGACAUUACUUGCUACAUCAUUCCCAUUUAUCGGAGCGUGGAUCUUAAUCGCGAUGGCUCAAAAUGUUCCGAUGAUAUUGGCUGGACGCGCGUUAUGCGGUUUUGCCGUAGGCAUUACCUCUUUAGCGUUUCCUGUGUACUUAGGCGAAACGAUACAACCAGAAGUGCGUGGUACUCUUGGUUUAAUGCCCACCGUUUUUGGUAAUUUCGGAAUAUUACUAUGCUUCAUAGCGGGUAUGUAUAUGGAUUGGAGAAAUCUAGCGCUGCUAGGGGCAAGUUUACCACUACCAUUCUUAAUUUUAAUGUUCAUAAUUCCGGAGACGCCAAGAUGGUACAUUUCUAAGGGGAAAACAAAGCUGUCCCGAAAAUCUCUUCAAUGGUUGCGCGGUAAAGACACAGACAUAACGGACGAAUUGACUAUGAUCGAGAAAAUACAUCAAGAAUACCUCGACAGCGAGCGAAAUGUCUCUCAAAAUAUGAUCUCGGAGUUAAUGAAGAGUAAACACUUAAGACCUCUCCUCAUUUGUUUGGGCCUGAUGCUGUUCCAACAAAUGUCUGGCAUCAACGCAGUGAUAUUCUAUACGGUGCAGAUCUUCCGAGACGCUGGUAGCACAAUCGAUGAGAAUCUCUCGACUAUAAUCAUUGGAAUAGUGAAUUUCAUAUCCACCUUUGUCGCUUCGUUUGUGAUCGACAAGUUGGGCAGGAAGAUGCUGCUGUACAUAAGCUCCAUAUUGAUGUCCCUGACCCUCUUCUCUCUUGGUGGAUUCUUCUACGUGAAGUCGAUGGACAUGGACGUGACGGCCUUCGGCUGGUUGCCGCUGGUCAGUUUGAUCGUGUACGUAAUUGGCUUCUCCCUGGGCUUCGGAGCUAUUCCUUGGCUGAUGAUGGGUGAGAUCCUACCCGCCAGGAUCCGCGGUUCCGCAGCGAGCAUCGCGACCGCCUUUAAUUGGACGUGCACCUUCAUCGUAACGAAAACCUUCCAGGAUGUCAUAGGAGUGAUCGGUGCGCAUGGCACCUUCUGGAUGUUCGGCAUAAUCGUCGCGGUGGGCUUUGUCUUCGUAAUCAUCAGUGUGCCAGAGACCCGCGGCAGGUCGCUCGAGGAGAUCGAGAAGAGAUUCACAGGUCCAACUCGAAGGAUGAGCGCAGUCGCCAAUAUGAAACCGACGCCGAUGUCGUGCUAGCUGCUCAACUUCCAAUCGCGACUAGCGAUAAAGAAACUCGUUCGAGUAAAAAAUAGGACUCCUUACGGUGUCCUUCUAAGGGAAAGAUUCCCUUACAGAUAUGCUUUCCCUUAAAGGGAAAUUCGAAGGGAAGUUCAGGUUCGAAGGUCAUUAUUAUUCUCUUCUAUUGUAUUUAAGAGAAGCGUCCGUUCUUCCUUCUUGGCUUUUCCUACUUUACUCUUAUGUCCAAGAUCUUCGGCUCCCUUUCGCGAGAUCUAUUUGUUAUAAUGAAGUUUGAGCGAGAGCGAUUCGGAAAUAAUCGAUAAAAGAUGGAAAUUGGUCGUAGAUCUGAAUAGUAUGUAGAAAUACACGAUCAAAAGUGCUUCUCACAAAAGUCACAUCUCUUUAAACAAGUUGAAGAGGCAAAUUGCGUGAAAAGUUCUAUCAAUUAAAAAAUUUAGUGCAAGAGCGAUUUCUGAAAAGCUCUAUUUUACAAAAGCUGAUUAAAAUAAUUCCUCGACUGUAUUUUUAAAUAGAAUCUUACGGUAUAAGAAAAAAAAUACAUUCAUUCGCUUCUUCAAUUAGCCUCGUGAAACAUGAGAGACUUCGGCAGAUUUCGCUUUAAUUAUAUUCCUAUCCAAAUCGAGGAUCACAGCUAACAAGUUAGUGCCAAUCUUGUCGAGAACCCAAAUUGCGAGGCAAAUUAAGUAGCUUCGUGAAAUAUAAAUGUGUUACGCUUUCCCAUCGGGGAAAUGGCAAAAUGUGUGACUAUCAGCUGUUGACUAGGUGUGUAGUUGCAAUUGUUUUUAUUAUUCCCGACAGUCCUACAGGGCCUACCUCAAGUUGAUACUGCUCUAUUAGAGUAUAGCAGAUAAUACUGUCGUUAGAGAUGUACGCGUAGGUCAACGCUAGUCGCGCGCCGCGAGCGCGCGUUUCUUUUUUUAUAGCGUAAUUUGCGUGGGGCUGUGGUAUCGCAUAGGUUCUGUGUGAUACGAUUAAUCGUCACGUGCACCUUGAAUUUGAAUUAAAAGCACGCGUAAUAUGUGUGUAUUGGUGUAUACUUAUAUAUAUAUAUGUA